AUGAGCUUAGAGUCCACCACAACCCAAGCCUUUCCUCAGCAAGAUUAAUUCUUCCAUCAUUUUACCUUGCUCUUCUGCUGAACAUCCACUGCUUCCUAUCCAAAUUCCCGGAGCCUUCGCUUGUCCAAUUUCCAAAAGCAGGCGCAUCGAUAAUUGGAGAUGGAUCGGGUGAGGAGUUUAGCCUCGCAACGAGCUGUGGUGAUCUUCAGCAAGAGCUCGUGCUGCAUGUCCCACGCUGUCAAGAGGCUCUUUUGUGAGCUUGGCGUCAACCCUGCCGUCUAUGAGCUCGACGAGGUACGUGGUGGGAAAGAGAUGGAGAGGGCGCUCGUCCAGCUUCUCGGACGCAGUCCACCGGUGCCUGCCGUUUUUAUCGGUGGCAAUCUUGUUGGAUCCACAGACAGUAUCAUGUCCCUUCACCUUGGUGGUAACUUGGUCUCGUUGCUCCGAGAUGCAGGUGCUCUUUGGCUCUAGACAUGAGGAGCUACUUCUGAUAAAUAACGAGAGAGAGAGAGAGAGAGAGAGAGAGAGAGAGAGAAACAAGUAUUGGCAUGCAUGUAUUAGAGAGUGAGGUUAAGAGAGUACUGACGUUUCUUCUUCUUGUUGUUCUUCUUCUUCUCUUGAUGGAAAAAUAGGCCAUAUCAUGCUUUGGU